AAAAUAAAAAGUCGGUAGCAAAACCUACAAGAGUAGUUUCAUUAGCGCGGAAUCUACUAAAUCUUUGUCGUCUUCUUCAGGUUUAGUUUCAGCUCUCAUUCUAUUAAUUCAAAACUCCAAAUCCUGAAAUUUUCCGCGAGCAGAACUUCGCCUAUCACUGUAUCGAUUAUACCGAUCUUGCUGUCCACCGCAUCGUAAUGUUAAGGUUCAAGGAACCGACAAUGGAGCGUUUCUGAAACCCUAGAAAUAAAAAAUUCCAAUCUUGCCAUCUGAAGAGAGUUUUCAAAGUGAUUUUGGGGCCUACUUACUCGCGUUCAUGGCGAUCAUCGGCGACGCUCUCCGCCAGGCGUUCAUGCCAAAGCGCGAGUACGAGAGCCUCAGGGAAGAAGAAAAAGCAUGGGGCAAAAUUCAGAGGCCUCUAGUGAUUUCUGUUGUGGCCGUUAUUAUUAUCGCAAUCUUCCUUUGCACCGUUGUCAGCUUGAGAAUCCUGUUUCCCGGUAGCAGUGGUAAGAGACCUUUCUGCGUGGAUCGGAAGCUUCAGACGUGGCAGAUAGGUACAACAAAGAGCGAUUCGGAUUCGGAUCUUCUUCCAAGCGCUUUCUAUCUCACAGACCAGGAGAUCGCUGAUUAUUACUGGAUGGUUGUGUUCAUUCCUUCUUUCAUCGUUUUCGCGGUUUCGUCUUUGUAUCUUGUUGCUGGCAUUGCCGUGGCAUUUUCUGCUCCAACAAGGCAUGGAUGCUUGAAGGUGGUUGAAAAUAAUUACUGUGCUUCAAGACGGGGUGGUGUGCGAUGCCUAUCCAUCUUGAAUAUUAUCUUCGCUAUCCUUUUCGGUCUUCUUGCCUUAUUUCUUGGUUCAAGUCUGUUGACAUUGGUGAGCAAUUGCUCUACACCUCUGUUUUGGUGUUUUGAAAUUUCAUCAUGGGGACUGGUUAUUCUAUACAGUGGCACUGCUUUUUUCUUGAGGAGAAGGGCAGCUGUAAUUCUUGAUGAGGGAAACUUUAGUAGUAGAAAUCUUGGGCUGGAAAUGCUUGAAGCUAAUCCUCUGGAAAUUACAUCAGACGUGGAAAGACGCGUCAAUGAAGGAUUCAAAGCAUGGAUGGGUUCAUCCCUUCUUUCCUCUGACGAGGAAGAUGAACCUGAUAGUUAUGAAGAGGCACCUCGUUUAACACGCACUAACUCAAACAGGCAAAGACUCGGCAGUGGUUGAUAUCAUCCUUUCUAACCUUGGGAAGUGCUGGGAUGGAAAUAGAAUUCAAUUUCGGAGGAAAACAAAAAAUGUUUGGACAUGUACCAUAUCUGGGAAAUGUUUAAUUAAAAAGGGGUAUGAAUUUGGUGCUCCUUUGAACCAUGAUUUCAUCUAGUUAGUUAGGGAAUUUGUGUAGUUUAGUGUGUGAAUGAUUAAGCUUUUACUUGUAUGUUGAUGAAGCAUUUCCCGCUGUCUAGGCCCCAUUUUUUCAGCAGUUAGAAUUAACUCGAUCUACUCCAUUAUUGAUUAAUUAUGUUGUUGACCCAAAGAUUUGC